CAGUGUGUUUUUUUUAAUUCUCUCGGAUGGGGCCCGCCUCGUGCGCGCGUGGAGUCGCGUGAACUUCUCCCGCUCCCUACGUUCUCGUUAUGAGGCGCACCGAGCGGAGAGGUCACGGCAAGGCAGCGCUGGAGGAGGACCCGCCGCCCAUCAGCGCUUCUCUGCCGGUGGUCGGAGGGUCGCCGGGACAUCGCAGAGACCCGCCGCCGGUAGCCGCAGCAAGAGACGCCGCUUCCGUCCCUCACGGGGACCGGCGCAGCACCGAGUCCGAAGUGUACGACGACGGGACCAACACCUUCUUCUGGCAAGCACACACCUUAACAGUCCUGUUCAUCCUUACCUGCACCCUGGGAUAUGUGACCCUGCUUGAAGAAACCCCACAUGAUACAGCCUACAACACAAAGAGAGGUAUUGUUGCCAGCAUUUUAGUUUUCUUAUGUUUUGGAGUCACUCAAGCUAAAGAUGGGCCUUUUUCAAGACCUCAUCCAGCCUACUGGAGGUUUUGGCUGUGUGUCAGUGUUGUAUAUGAGCUUUUCCUCAUCUUCAUACUCUUUCAGACUGUGCAUGAUGGAAGACAGUUCAUGAAAUUCAUCGAUCCUAAUUUAGGGGUCCCCUUGCCAGAAAGAGACUAUGGUGGAAAUUGCCUUAUUUAUGAUCCAGACAAUGGGACAGAUGCCUUUCACAAUAUUUGGGACAAACUAGAUGGAUUUGUUCCUGCUCAUUUCCUUGGCUGGUAUAUAAAGACACUAAUGAUUCGUGAUUGGUGGAUGUGCAUGAUUAUCAGUGUAAUGUUCGAAUUUCUAGAGUACAGUCUAGAACAUCAGCUUCCAAACUUCAGUGAAUGUUGGUGGGACCAUUGGAUUAUGGAUGUGAUCUUAUGCAACGGACUUGGCAUUUACUGUGGAAUGAAGACUUUGGGGUGGCUUUCCUUGAAAACAUAUAAAUGGCAAGGACUCUGGAACAUUCCUACAUACAAAGGUAAAAUGAAGAGAAUUGCCUUCCAAUUCACACCAUACAGCUGGGUUAAAUUUGAGUGGAAGCCAGCAUCCAGCCUUCGCAGAUGGCUAGCAGUCUGUGGUAUUAUUUUUAUAUUUUUAUUGGCAGAGUUGAACACGUUUUACUUGAAAUUUGUCCUGUGGAUGCCUCCAGAACACUAUUUGGUCUUACUGCGACUUGUCUUUUAUGUGAACGUGGGAGGUGUAGCAAUGAGAGAAAUCUAUGACUUCAUGGACGAUCCGAAAUUCCAUAAGAAGUUGGGUCAGCAGGCUUGGCUGGUUGCUGCUAUCACAGCUACAGAGUUCCUUAUUGUGGUAAAAUAUGAUCCCUACACUCUAACAUUGUCACUUCCAUUCUACAUUACUCAGUGCUGGAUCCUUGGAAUCAUGCUUGUGCUUACUUGGACAGUGUGGCGCUUCUUCAUUCGUGACAUCACCUUACGGUAUAAAGAGAUAAGAAGGCAAAAGCAAGAACAUAAGUGUGGAAAAGUCAAGUGUUUAAGCAAUGGCGAUGGACAUUCAGUACUGGCAGAUGAGCACAGUGGGAAUAAACAAAGAGAGAAAAAACUUUGAACUUGAGUAAUGAAUUAAGGGCUAAGAGGGUUAUUUUUCUUGACUUGCGAGUUGAACCCUCCCUAGUUUUUAAAUUGUCAAUGUUUUCUCAUGUGUGAGAAUCCUGUUGGAAAAGGUGCCACCUAAUCUCUUUUGUGGAAGGUGUUUACAGCUAACCUUAGAAGCGAUGCUCCUCCCACAAGGGAGCCUCCACCUAAGUGUGUUUUAAAUGUUUGUGUCAUCUUACAAAGAGGAGGAUUGGGGAGGCUUAAACAGGUGCAAAGGGAAAAUCCGGUAGCCCCAAUUCUGGAAAGCUGUUCCUGCAUGGGGCAUCCCGAACAUAUUUCGUGGAAUAAAUAUGUGCUCUGUGAAAAAACAGUCUGAUAUUUUCGGCUGGAACUGCCUUGAACCGUGGAAGUAAUUUUCCUGUCCUUCUGAUUCAUUCGUCAAUUAGGACAGUAUCAGCAAAAUAAAUGGAGGGAUGCAACUGAAGCACGAGAACAAACUGCAUAACUUGCACAGUAUACUAUUGCAACAGCCCUUGGAGGUCCUGGAUCUAGCUGCCUCUCUCUCAAAGCAAAGGUGCAUCACCUUGAAUCAGCCUGCUAGUUUUAUACUACAUCCUAUUGAUACCAAAUACCUCUUUAAUUUUGCUGCCCUUUAGCCAAAUAGGGGAAGUGAAAGCUAAAACAAGUAGAAAAUAGUUAAUCCACCAAAGCUGUGUGUUCAUUGCCUUAUUUUUCUACCAAUGAGCUACUUUCUGCUCUUGGGUCUUGGACCCCCCACACUGUACAAGGCAGAGUGUAUUAUACGAUCCUCCAGAACCCUCUUGUUACUUCUAGAGUUUAAGUUGUGCUAAGGAAAGUGAGGAUAUGCAGGCAUCUGCAGUGGGUGCAGUCAGCCACUAAAUAUGAAAAGGCUACCGCUAGCAUCUCCAAGAGCCUCCAGUCUAAAGAUACUGGCUGUCCUGCUUGUCACCUGCCUCCCAAAACAAAUGGUGUUCAUGUUCUAAACACUUCCUCUACAGGUAUAGUUGUCAUAGGAACCUGUUUCCCAUUCCUAAAACAGCUGUGUGGAUUUCCCCUUAUAUGUAACACUAAAUUCAUGUUAACAAUAUAACACAAUCUUAAAUCUGUUGAAAGCUUUGGGAAUUUGUUUUGAACUAAGCUUUUCCUUUUGACGUGACUAUAAGCUAAGCUGCGAGCCCUCAUCUUGCCACCCCACCCCACACCCCCGUAAAAUCUCAGAAAUGCUGCUGGUUAAAGCACAAUGCACAGACCCUUGGCUCCCUUUCAGGAUGAUACUUGAAUGGCAAAACAAGCCUGCCUUUGCCUGGUUUCUACAAUGACACUAAUGUUCUCCUCUAAAAGAAUGGGCACUUUCAGCAGGGCAAAACAACAACAACUAUACAAAAGAACCUUUGAAAGCUCGGCAAAUGAAGUAAUUUUUUAGCAUAUAAAAUAAGUGAAGGAACUCUGCUUCAUGAUGAUCAAUAUGAGGAUGGUCACAUGGAGUUUAUUCCUUGAUUUGUGCAUAAUAUACUGCUGUUUAGCCAAUGAAUGGCUGAUGUUUAAAAUUAAGGAUUUAUCUAUGGUAUAACUAGACGUUAAUGAACAUCUUAAAACGGGUGGGCAACGCAUGGGCUGCCUGCAGCCACCACUGCUAACUUUGCGGCAGCGGUGGGGGAGAAAAUGUGCUUUUCUUUCCAAACAAGGUGGGCUGGGGGCACAUUUUUACUUCCCAUUGAGGCGCAUGCUGCCAGUGUGCCUUGUUUUAAAGGAAAAUCGCAGGGGCGGUGGGUGUUGCUGCCACACUGCUGAAUUUCAGAGGGAAAUCACCAACGCAGUGGCAAUUUUAGUGGUGGCAUGGAGGGGUGCAGGCCCCAGUGGGAGGAAGCUGGUGCCCAGACCCAUCCAAGUUGCCCACCCUGUCUUAAAAGGACAGAUGCUGAGCUGGCACAUAGAACAAGCCUCUCCCCAAAUAUGGAAGCUGUAGGUUUUUGAAGUUGUCCAGGUUCAUUUUGCACCUGUCUUGUGAACUGACUAGAGGUAGUACUGGUGUUCCUGUACUAGCCUGGCCCCGGUUCUGCGAGGCUUCCAUAUAGCCCUCGUCUGUUUCUGUUCUAGUGAAGUCUGCCCCUCUUGUAAUUUUGUAUUGUAACGUCCUCCACGUAAUUCUGAUGGUAACAAGUGCAAUGGGGGGAACUUGAAAAGAAUUUCAGAUUUGUUUUGUUUUUGUUUGAGGAACCAAUUGUGUAAACUUUGAAGCGUAAGGGGUAAAAAAACACAAAAAACUUUGUUUCCGAAGUUGAAGUUGACCUACUCUCGAAACAUUACUUUCGUACUGAUCUUUAUGUUCAUUGAAAUAUUGAGUCUUACAAUUAUAGUCUGGAUAAUUGAACAAAUGUAAUAAAAGGGUGUUUGCUGGUGUA